AUGAACGAAAAAGAGAAAGAAAUGUAACCGGAAGUUGCUAAACCAGCCGAAUCUCCUUUCUGGGCUUCUCCUGUCAGUUCAGACAGCUGCUUACCGUCAUACAGGGAAAUCGACUAUUCGUCUCAUUUGGAUGAGUUAGAAAAAGGAUGUUUAUGUUUACGUCCAAUUCGCGCUACACCAUGUUCUGAAAAGAAGAGUCAAGCAGUGUCCAUGAUGCUUCUGAAAAUUCCAUCACGUCUGUAUUAUGGUUGAUUAUCUCUCCAGCAAAGGUUGCUAGGAUUCCACAAGCUACUGUCAAAGUGGUAAAUGAAACUGCUCGACUUGUCUGGUGCUACAUUUUUGCAUUUGUGCUGGAUUUUGUAUUUUCGUACUUUCUUCUUUCUCCUUUUAUAUAAAAAAGUCAAUGGAAAAUCUUCCGACAUGGGCUCACUUGACUCCAGCGGUUCUUCUUGCCGUUUUGGCUUUCUGGAUUUGCAUGUUUGUUGUUUCAUACUUGUUGGAUCUUUUCAUUCUGUUACUAAUUGGUCUAAUUGUGUCACUAAACGGUCUCAUUCUGUUACUAAAUAAACUUGAUCUCUGGAUUACUUCAAUUUUUGGUUUCUACGCGACGUUGGAAAGAAACGACUUGGCGGGUGAUAAUCCCAUCCCACUGAUUACAAUCCCAACCGAGUCUCAAAACCUAUCAAAUGAUCCUAAUAAUCUUGCAGACGAACCACCAUCUUCUGAAUGCGUUGAACAAUUUCCGGAAAGACAGCAGAAACCAAGUCAAUCUAGGGACGUUGGAAGCACUGGGAAUUUGGAAAGCAGCUGA